AUGGGGGGGAACGAGGGUUGUUGUGUAAGGGAGGGAUGGAUGAAGGGAGGGAGGGGGGGAGGGUGGUGGCUGAAAGUUCUUGAUGUCGGGGGAGUGCGGCUGGGGGGGUGGUUCUUUGAGAAUUUAUCACGUCAUGUGGGGAAUGGUAGGGAUACGAAACUUUGGGUUGACAGGUGGGUGGGAGGAAAACCUUUGAGAUUUGUUUUCCCUAGACUCUUCCAGCUCUGUGAAAAUAAGAAUGUGUCUAUUGAAGAGUCGGGAAGGUGGGAGAAUGGGAGUUGGUCGUGGGAGCUCAAGUGGAGAAGGGAGUUGUUUGAAUGGGAGAAAUGGUUGGUUAAUGACUUGAUUGUGAUUAUUUCUGAUGGUUUUUCUUGUUCAGGAAAUAGCGAUGAGUGGAGAUGGAAAGCGACUAAGAAUGGGAAGUUCACGACUAAAUCGGCUUAUCAAAUCAUUGCGGCAAGCAGAGGCGAAACACAAUCAAACCAACUUUCACAUGAUGUGUUAGCAAAGGUUUGGGAAGCGCCGGCUCCACACAAGGUGAAGGUGACAGCAUGGAGGUGCUUGAGAAAUAGAGUUGCAACUUGUUACAAUCUUUUCAAGAGGCACGUUGAUCUUUCGGUCGAAGAAGCUUGGUGCAACUCCUGUAUUUUGAGAGAGGCGACAACAGACCAUCUAUUCCUUACAUGCGCGAAAAUUGAUCUGAUCUGGGGUGCUAUUUAA